AUGGCCCCCUCCGCUCUUUUCAACCCUCCAUCAUCAGACUUACCUGGCAAACCUUUCGUACCCGAAUGGGUUCCUCCACCAGUGACAAACGAGAAAGAGAACUUCGCACAACUGAAGUCAAUCGAUCUGUCUCUGCUUGAUUCUGAUGAUCCGGCUGUUGUCAAUAAUCUCAUCCAACGGGUGAAGACGGCGAUUCGCGAUGAUGGGUUCCUGUUCCUCGAGAAUUAUGGCGUCUCCUUGGAACAGCUGCACCGACAAUUUGCUCUCGCCCAGUAUCUGUACUCCAACAUAAGCGAAGAGGAUAAAGAACGGCUCCUUUUCGACCCUGACACCGGCCGCUGGUCUGGAUACAAACAUCCUUUUGGUUUCAAGCGUCAUCGUGCAAUCCCAGAUGGCAUCGAGCAGUUCAAUUGGUACAAACGCGACUGGGAGGAUCUGAACCGGGUGCCAACCUGUCUGCACCCUUUCAUGGACGAGAUCGAGUCAUUCAGCAACUACCUCACCAAGUCAGUCAACCGGAGACUCCUGACUCUGUUCUCGCGAGUGUUGGAGCUUCCAGACGACUACCUCUGGAAUAAUGUUCAGUCUCAUGGAGGUCCUACAGGAGAAGGCUACUUUCGCCAUGCGCUUUUCCGGCCGGUUGAAAAGCAGACCGCGGAGGCUUCCAAGGGGCUUCGAAUGCACGGCCAUACCGAUUUCGGUUUGACGACUUUGUUGUUCUCGGUCCCGAUCUCAUGCUUGCAGAUCUGGGGUCGUGAUGAGAAGUGGUAUUAUGUCCCGUAUAAGUCUGGUGCCCUUGUGAUCAACAUUGGAGACACCUUGGAGAUUGUCUCUGGAGGUCAUUUCAAGGCGACUCGUCAUCGUGUUUUCAAGCCUCCGGUUGAUCAGAGAAACUCAGAUCGACUGUCACUGGUCCUUUUCAACAGUUCAGUCGGUGACUUGCGCAUGUCGCCGGUUGCUUCUUCGCCUCUAAUCCAACGUGAAGGCUGUGUCGAAGAGCAAGGAGUGUACAAAGAGUUCAAAGAGCGCACAGCAGCGGGCAAGCUUGUGCCGACAAACCGCGAGUGGCGUGAAAUCCAGAUUGCCACUGCGACAGAUCCCACAGACACUGUUCGAAACCGCGUCGGGGCGGAUCAGGUACUCAUCGACGGAAAGCUCAUGCAUCAGCGGGAAUACCUGGGAGUGAAAGUCUGUCUUCCAGUUUGA